AUGGUUUUUAAUUUCUGUUAGUUGAAGCUUAAGUUUGUUUAAGCGUGGUUUAUUUCUUAAGAAUAGUGUUAAUUCAUAUUCAUCCAUUAUCAACCUUUAUAUUUUACUACAGCUUUGUACGUAAUUAUCAUGUCUAAAAUAUUGCAACUGUAUCUGCUAUCAAGCACUACGAAUUGAUUACUUAUGUAAUGGGCAGAUGGCCGGGAUAAAUGCCCCCUAGCCAUCGGUCCAGUCACGUGACUUCUUAUCUCGGAUGGUUCUUGGACAGCUACAGCACCAGCUAUUAUCAAUUCCUUACAAUCUUGCGGAUUUAAUCUAUUUGACAACCCAUCGACGAUUUUUAUGUCUGGAAACUAAUUCUCUGAAUAAUUAUAUUCAAGAAAACGUGAACAUUUUGUGUAAAAUUUACAUUCUGUGUUCCGGAGAUCGAACAAUUUCUUGUGUAGUGAAUCUUGUGACGAUGGCACCAAAACGUUCAACGAAGAGACAAAAAACAACGGGUAAUGCUCUGGAUAUGAGUAAUUAUCUUAAUUGGCCGGCAUCGACUCUGCGAGAAAAACUCACGGAAGCUAACAUCAACGCCUCCCCGAGUUUUCCCCUCUCGGUACUUCGUAAACUUUACGCUGAUAACAUUAUCGAUUCCAACGCUGAUUCCAGUUCCAGUUCGUUAAAUCAACAAACUUCUGUUCAAGAUACAGAGAACGUGCCCUCAAACAGUGUUAUUUCGUCUGAAAGCAUCAAUUCCAAUAACCUUGCGACUAGCAGCGACGCUCCGACCCGUGCGACUUCACCAAGUACGACCUGUCUAAACACAACCGGAUCCGAAUCUCCCAUUGUUGUACAAUCUCUGAUGAAUACUGUUCAAAGUCUUCAAACGAUGGUCAGCAGUUUAGCAACUAUGGUAUCAGCGAAGGAAUCCAAUCCAACCGCCCAAUACAGCCUUCAGAAUUAUUACCAAUCGUCAGAGACGACUUGCUCACCUUCUACUUCGAGGAAAUUCGGAACAAAUCCCGAAGAUCUACCCCAAAUGGACCUCAUUUCCCCUUCGUUAAGGAAAAACAUAGUCGAAGAUGGCCAAAUUCAGAUGCCUAGCUCCCACUGCAGACAGCCAAUCUCAGCCCUGCCCUCCCAUGGAGAAAGUUCUUUGGAAACUUCCAGUAGGAUAAGUGCACUAAUGUCAAGCUCAGUUUCAUCUUCAACUCAAAGUGUCUACCAUUCAGGACACCAGACAUACACCAAGUUCACUCAAAUGAACAAUUAUUCUCUAGUUGCCACUGAAGAUACUCUCAUGCAUUUUGCGACCUACUGCCUCGAUUCUUUGAACUUGUCUUAUCACACCAUAAAGUUAUACCUGUGUGGAAUUCGUUACUACCACUUAUUACAAGGUAUUCCUAACCCUUUCACCCUCGAAGACAAAUUACCUAGAUUGCAAAUGCUUCUCAAGGGAAUUAAACGACAACAAAAGCCUCACCGACCAAGCAGAAAACCCAUCACCACCGAAAUUUUAAACGAUAUGGUAAAAUCACUUCAACAAGGAAUUUUUACACAUUAUUCCGAUAUUCUGAUGUCUACAGUGUGCGUAGUGGCGUUUUUUGGAUUCCUCAGAUGUGCGGAGUUCACCUGUAAAUCAUCAUUUGACCCCGAAUGCAACCUGUGUUUCAGUGAUCUCGCUAUGCAUGAUAACCAUGCAGUUCUUACCUUGAAACAAUCGAAAACCGAUCCAUUUCGUAAAGGAAUCGACAUCAAAUUAUUCCGUACCAAAAGUACAGUGUGUCCAAUUCAACAAUUGUCAACAUAUUUAUCCAUGAGGAAUUCAACCUUUGCUUGCAAAUCUAACGACCCAUUGUUCAUCAUGGAAAACGGUAAUGCUCUGACCAGAUCUCGAUUCCUUGAAAUGCUCAAACAGCUCCUACAUUGUGCGGGACAUUCAGAAAGUGGUAUUACCGGUCACUCCUUCCGUAUAGGUGCUGCCACGUCCGCAGCCAAGGCACGCAUCGAAGACCACCUCAUCAAAUCAAUGGGUCGUUGGUCUUCAGACUCGUACUUAAGAUACAUCAGAACAGCCGAUUCUACGAUUCAACACGCCCAGCUAUCCAUGCUUCAUUCGCAGUGACUUCGUUAACAUGCAAACUUGAACUUAAUUCCGAAACCCUUUGCGAAGUUUCAUUUAUUCUUUAUUCUACUGCUAAAACUCACAUCCAUGUAAAUAGAUUCUAUGCAUAUGUUGUUUACAUGUACACAUAACCAUGUCUCUUAUUAUUCUUCAUCGUUUCAUUUAACUUUACAAUAUGUGCGUAAUUCAUGUGUUAACCUGUAUUACCAUGGCAUAAUUUCACACUUUAUGGGGUACUCAGUCACUCAUGCUUCAUUCCCGAGUUUUGGCCCUAAUAUUUCAUAUUUUUCCCCAUUAAGUAUUCAUUUGCUAAUUGCAAUAUAAUUACUUGUAUCAUUUUAAUUGCUUGUACAAUUCAGUCCGUCUCAGUAUUCUCGUACUGACGAAGUUCUACCUCGUAGAUCUUCCAACCUUUGUCACAUGCCCUGCAGGGUUCAACAACUAUCGUUGUGGCGAUGUCACACACAUCGGGUAGCUUCUACCACGUGGAUGCUUCAACCCAGCAGGUUCUUCUUUCUUAAGUGAGUGACUGAGCCAGUUUUUACUCCAGUAUGUGUUGAUAAGCUUGUAUAUAUAUUAUUUGUAGAUUUGUAGAUGUUUUCUAUAUAAAAUGUUUCUUUCUUAAACUAUAUCUUUUUAUUCUUGAGAAAUAAAUUGAAGCUUAAGUUUGUUUAAGCGUGGUUUAUUUCUUAAGAAUAGUGUUAAUUCAUAUUCAUCCAUUAUCAACCUUUAUAUUUUACUACAGCUUUGUACGUAAUUAUCAUGUCUAAAAUAUUGCAACUGUAUCUGCUAUCAAGCACUACGAAUUGAUUACUUAUGUAAUGGGCAGAUGGCCGGGAUAAAUGCCCCCUAGCCAUCGGUCCAGUCACGUGACUUCUUAUCUCGGAUGGUUCUUGGACAGCUACAGCACCAGCUAUCCACCACCAUCCCCGCCACUCACCUUUAUCUUACUUUGCCAUGGUAAUGCCAAAAAGAACCGGCUCAGUCAAUUUAUUUGCCCUAAUAUUUCAUAUUUUUCCCCAUUAAGUAUUCAUUUGCUAAUUGCAAUAUAAUUACUUGUAUCAUUUUAAUUGCUUGUACAAUUCAGUCCGUCUCAGUAUUCUCGUACUGACGAAGUUCUACCUCGUAGAUCUUCCAACCUUUGUCACAUGCCCUGCAGGGUUCAACAACUAUCGUUGUGGCGAUGUCACACACAUCGGGUAGCUUCUACCACGUGGAUGCUUCAACCCAGCAGGUUCUUCUUUCUUAAGUGAGUGACUGAGCCAGUUUUUACUCCAGUAUGUGUUGAUAAGCUUGUAUAUAUAUUAUUUGUAGAUUUGUAGAUGUUUUCUAUAUAAAAUGUUUCUUUCUUAAACUAUAUCUUUUUAUUCUUGAGAAAU